UAUAUCAUGAAUUCAUGAUGUCUCACAUUAGGUCAAACGACUAACUCUAACGAAUCUUAAACCUCAAUCCAAGCUCGUCAAUUUCAUUUCGUUGUGAGGCAGUAUUAGUCUUUACAACCUCUAUAGUCUAUACUAACAGUGCACCAAAUCACACUUUAACUUCAACUAUUGGAACACCAGCCUGACACUUACCCAAAUACCUGAUUUAUUGAGAAACACAAAACAAUGGCGACAUCACAUGAACCAGAACCAGAACCCAAAACCCUAGAAACAGAGACCCAAAACCCUAGUCCAAAUUCAAUCUCCGAAGAACCGAAUUUAAGUAACCCAUCCCCUGAAUCCAGCGUAAAGCGCAAGCGAGAGGAAGAAGAGCAGGAAGUAGAAGAAGAUGUGCCAAAGAAGACUAAACACCCGCUGCACAAGACUAGCAUGUGCUCCUACUUCCGCCGCAAUUCUGGGUCUUGCAGCCAUGGAGAAGGGUGCCGUUUUGCGCACAAUGAGGAGGAGCUUCAGCCCCGGCCUGACGGUUCGUGGGACCCGACUUCGGACCGGGUUAAGAGGAGAGAGAUUGAGAAUGUUGAAGAAGAAGAGGAGGAAGAGAAAAGUGUUAUGAUGACUGAGAUUUUGGCGGAGUCUGGUGAUCCUCAGCUUAGCAAAUGUUUGAUUCAUUUGCCUAGGAAGUGGAACUCUGAUCAGUUGAAGACUUUUCUUGACGAACAGGGGGUCAUUUUCAAAUCAGCUAAGAAGAAAAAGGGCAUGUCAGUGGGGUUUCUGACAUUUGAAACUGCUGAGCAAGUUUCAAGUGCAACAGAGGUAUUAGGAGGAAAAUCUAUUGGCAAGGAGAAGCUGAAGAUUGGGGAUGUCAUUCCACGAUCAUAUGACGAGAAGAUAAAAUCAGCCCAAAAGAGGUAUCAAAAUUUGAUACCUGGAGUAGUUGAUGAAACAGAGGCUACUUUGGCUUCAAAUGAUAAUGCAAGUGGUGAAGAAGUGAAUGGUUCAGCUUCAAGGGGAAGGAGUGCACGUGAUGUAGUGACUCCCCUUGCUCAUCUAUCAUAUCCUGAACAGCUAGACAAAAAAAAGAACUCACUGAUGCAAAUACUUAAAAGACUUACUAGAAAUGCACGUAAAGCAUGUCCAAAAGGUGUUCCACUACCCGCUUGGGCGGUUAAUUCCAGGGAAAUAGGCGGGCUUCCAUGCAAACUAGAAGGGAUAAUCGAGUCACCGCUUAUCAAUGGUUACCGUAACAAGUGUGAGUUUUCAGUUGGGUAUUCAGUGCAAGGGAAACCAACUGUGGGUUUUAUGCUUGGGAAUUUUAGAGAGGGUGUUACAGCAGUUGAGGAGCCUACGGACUGCCCUAAUGUUUCUAAAAUUGCAUGCAAAUAUGCCCUGGUCUUUCAAGAGUUCUUACAGGAUUCAGGUUUACCAAUUUGGAACAGAUUUAACAAUACUGGCUUCUGGCGUCAAUUGACAGUUCGGGAAGGACGGAAUCCGCAGAAAGAUAUUGAGCUCGAGGUUGAGAAUCCGGGGGCUAAUAUUUCAGAAGCCAUGCUUAUUGUUCAGGUUUCGACAGAGGGCCAUGAUGAUGAUCUUGUAAGUAACGAACUUGAGAAACUGACUCGAGCAUUUGUCACUGGUGCUGCUUCGACGUGUCCACCUUUGCCUCUUACUGCAUUAGCUCUCCAGGAUCACAGAGGCAUAUCCAAUGCAGCUGCUGCUGAUACUCCAUUGCGUCCAUUACCUAUACCUACAGCUCAAUCCAGUUCUGAGGCAGAAGUUGUCAUGGCUACUAAUGAAUCCAGAAUCCAUGAUUAUAUUGGCAAUCUUCGGUUCUCUAUAUCACCUACUGCCUUCUUUCAGGUCAACACUCUAGCUGCGGAGAAACUAUAUACUCUUGCAGGUGACUGGGCUGGUCUAGGCCCGGAUACCUUACUUUUUGAUGUAUGCUGUGGGACUGGCACAAUCGGCCUGACAUUAGCCAACCAUGUUGGUAUGGUAGUUGGUAUUGAGAUGAAUGCUUCUGCUGUAUCUGAUGCACAAAGGAAUGCCGAGAUAAAUGCCAUUACAAAUUGUAAAUUUAUCUGUUCAAAGGCCGAGGAUGUUAUGGGUUCUUUAUUGAAAGAAUACUUGGAUGAUUCUGAAGACCAAGAUGAUACUUCAAAUCCUUUAGAUAAUGACGGAAAACAAUAUAGCACAGGAGAAAAUCAAAUCUCCGUGAAUAAUGAAGCACAUUCUGAGGAUUGCUUGAAUGAAGUAAAUGUGGACGAAGAUCAUGCAUGUGAUGUUAAUAAAGGAGAGCAGGAUCUUCAGAGCAAUAACGUUAAUGAUGAGAGUUCCGCAAAGCAGCAUUUUAAAAAUGUUGUUGCAAUUGUUGAUCCUCCACGAUCUGGACUUCACCCUGUUGUUUUAAAAGCUCUGAGAACUCAUCCGCGUUUGAGGAGGCUUGUGUACAUUUCUUGUAAUCCUGAAACAUUGGUGGCAAACGCUAUUGAACUGUGCACACCAUUGUCCGAAACAACUGAGAAAGGGCGCAAAGGCCAAGGAUGGAGGAAUAUGAGUAAUGCUGGGCUGGCACGUCAUAGACUCAAGUCUAUGCCCAAGUCUGAGCCGUUUCAACCGGUCAAGGCUAUGGCAGUUGAUCUCUUUCCUCACACUCCGCAUUGUGAACUGGUAAUGUUGCUGGAGAGGUGAAAGUCUACCUCGUGGACAUAGUCUCUCUUUCUCUCCCAUGGCUCGCUUCCAACACAAUUUUGAUGGCAAGAUAGAAUUUAAUUGUAUUUUUGUUAUUUAUUUAUCGUAUUUUUUCUCCUUCAAAGUAUGCUGGUUAAUAAUAUUGGAUGAGCAUAUUACUUAUCAUGCAUGAACCUUUCUUUCGUGGUUGAGUUGUAUUAGUUUGCGACCUUGAUAUGUGUGACUUUUAUAAGAUGAACCAGAAGAAUUGCAAUGAACGAAGACAAGUUUAUGUCUUCAUCGCCAUA